CAAGGCCCGAAUACAGUGAUAGUCACUUCAGAGUCUACAAUAGUCUUCAGACAGCGUACAAGAUUGUGUCGUCACAAUGGACAACACAAUUCCAAGCUGGCUGAAUGAAAGUUUCCUGGUUUCAGCUCUCCAAGGAGACUCUCAAGAACGCUGUGUAACUGUGACAGACUUCUCAGCCAGUCCUGCAGUAGCUGCUGGUAAUAACUAUACCAGUCAUCUGUACAGGGUAGUUGUAGAGUACAAGGUUGGGCAUGCAGACAAGACAGAGAAAAAAUCACUAAUUGUGAAGAUGCCAAUUCAGAAAGGUGUAAUGCACGAAAUGUCACAGGAGACUGAUUUCUUUUCGAAAGAACCCAAAAUGUACAAUGUUCUUUUACCUAAAAUGAAGAAAAUCAGCGGAAUAAAAUUUGGGCCUAAGUCUUUCCACUGCCCUGUUGAAAAAGGAAUGGUCAUUGAGGAUUUGAAACCAGAAGGCUAUCUAUUGCAAGAUAAAUUUAAACAGCUGGAUUUUGAGCACUGCAAGCUCGUAAUGGAGAAACUAGGAAAAUUCCACGCCACCACUGUAGUUUGCCACAAUGAUGAUUCGCAAUUCAUUGAAACCAUUGGAAAAGAAGCGUUUUACAAAAAUGACGGAGUUAUGGCAGAGUUUAAGAUUUGGAUGUCUUCUUCGAUGAAGAUCUUUAUAAAUACUUUGCAAGAAAUAAAAGUGGAUCCUGCCCAUAUUGAUCUGAUAACAGCAAGAAUCGAUCAGCUCUGGGAUUCUACUGCUGCUAUUUGCCAACCUCAUACUAACUCCCUCAAUAUCCUCAACCAUGGAGACUGUUGGUCCAACAACAUGUUGUUCAAAUACAACGAUGUUGGCAAAGUCAUCGACGUGAUGUUCAUCGACUUUCAGUUAUUGAGGUAUUCGUCUCCUAUCACUGACAUUCUAUACUUUGUAUAUACUAGUGCUAAUGAAGAAGUACGUGAAAACAAACUACAAGAUCUUUACGACUUAUAUCUUCAAACUCUAAACGACAUGUUGGAAAAUCUUGGAUGUAAGGAUAGGAUGACAAGAGAAGAGUUCAGUGAGAAGCUUAAAUCAGCUUCUGACUUUGUUCUUGUAGUUAUAGGGACCAUCCUCCCGUUUACCAAAUGUGAAGCGGAAAAUGCACUAGAUAUGGAAAGUUUUGACAAAGACGACGUCAUGCAUAGUAAUGAAGAUGAACGGAUUCUCAGAAUAUACAGAUCUGAACAGUUUAGAGCUAUGUUACCUGCAUUAGUGAGGCAAUACAGUUCUUUUGUGUCUUCCUAGGGGUAAGCUCAUUGAAUUUUUGGCUGUGACCAUUUAUUACCUCUUCAUUAAUGAAAUAAUGAAUAGGGAAUGGUCAUCUGUUUGUUCCAGCUGUUAAAGUAAGAUUUAACUAAAUAAAAUACGGUAUGCCAAGAGCAUUACUGAUGUCCAAUCAUUAAUUAGCUCGUGUGAGUUCUUUACUUGACUUACUUAUCUCCUUUCACUCCUGCACGGAGCAUAGGGCCUCCACGAAACAACGCCAUCGGACUCGGUUGGCAGCCAAGGCUCUCAAUUCCCUCCAGUUUUUCCCUGCAUCUCUUAUUUCUUCUUCUAUAGUUCUUCUCCAGGUCAUUCGAGGCCUUCCUCUUCGUCUAUGCCCCUGGGGAUUCCAGCUCAAGGCCUGCCUCUCUACAGCAUCUGGAUCUUUACGAAGAGUGUGUCCAAUCCAUCGCCACUUGCGUUUUUUAAUCUGUAUCUCUACAGGUUCUUCAUCUGUAGCUUUCCACGAGCCUUCCACACUGGAUACAGCUGUACAAAAGCAGCAUUAGCUUUAGUAAUUCUUGACAUUACAUCUUCAUCAGCUCCUCCGGCUCUGACACUUCCCAGAUAUGUAAAUCUGUCCACCUCUUCGAUUUCUUCAUCUGACAUUCUGAAUCUGUUGUUAUUCGCUACAUUUAUCCUCAUUGAUUUUGUUUUCUUUACAUUUAUUUUUAAGCCUGUAGAUUGUUCACUCUCCAAAUACUACAACUUUGCUGUCAUGUCAUCAAAUCUAUGGGACAGGAAACAAAUAUCAUCAGCAAAGGCCAGUUCUUCAAGCCUCUGUUGUAGUCCCCAGGAUAUGCCUCUAGCUCCUUUCUCUGAUAUUAUUUGCAAAACCUGGUUUAGAACUAUCACAAAAAGUGUUGGGGACAGAACACAGCCUUGCCUAACUCCUAGCUUUACCUCCAAAGGAUCACUUAGUUUACCAUUAUGAAUUACUCUACAAUGGUAAUUUGUGUACAUCUCCUUUAUAAGAACUAUUAUUUUAUUAGGGAUCCCAAAUUGCCCAAGUGUUUUCCAAAUACUCUCUCUUUUUACGGAGUCAAAGGCUUUCAGGAUGUCAAUAAAAACAAGAUACAAACCAACUUGGAACUCAUUACUUUGCUCGAUUAUUAUCCUCAUCGUAUUUAUUUGGUCUGUGCAUGAGCGGUUCCUUCUGAACCCAGCUUGCUCCCUUCUCAACUUCCUAUCAACAACCUCUUUGAUUCUGUUCAAAAUAAUUCUUGCGAAUAUUUUCCCAGGAAUUGAAAGCAGAGUAAUACCUCUCCAGUUCUCACAUUUGGUUGUGUCUCCCUUCUUCGGCAGUUUACAUAAUAAUCCUGUUUUCCAGUCUUUUGGCAUUGUCUCUUCGUUCCAAAUUUUAUGAAAUAAAGGCUUUAAAUUUUUUGCUGCCAACUCUGGAUUAGCUUUCAUAACCUCCGGAGUAAUGUUAUCACUUCCAGGGACUUUCCAAUUUUUUGUUUCCUUCAGUGAGUUCUUUAACUUUCUAACAAAUAGGCUACCAGCUGGCAGUCAUGUAUUAGAUUGCAGGUUUACCAUUGGCUCUGCACUCACAGUUUACACAGUAGCUAAUGAUUCUGUAUAGUCACUUUGUAAUAUGGUAAUUUUCUACUAGAGAAAGAUUCGAUGGUGAAGGUAGCACAACAUCCUACUGCACUCAAAGAACACUCUUUACAAUAAGACAAACCGAAAAUGGUGUUUUUGUAAUGUGUUUUAUUAUACGAGGGUGGUUUUUAAGUAAGGACCGGUUUGCGUAUAAAUCCGUAGUUCACUUGUUUGCCGCAAUAAGGCUCAUCACCAUUUAGGUACUGGCAUCAUUUGUAAACAAAUUUAAGCUCUGUAGCUGUCAUGUACGCUUCGCUGUGUGUUAAAAAUAUUAUACAAUCAAAUCUCCCGCCGCGUUCGAGGUAAAGGUCAAGUGAUACGUUUUUACGAUAUAAUAAGCGUACUCCAAGCUCCAAGAUAUGUUGUUAUGUUUACAGUUAUGAAAUUUGUGGCCUGAUUAACAAUAAUGUGAGUUUGCUUUUCAAACAAGAGGUAAUACAAGUUUACUAUUAUUUUAUAUAUACUUACAGGGAUUUUAGUCGCGUGUAAAUAGGCCUGACAAAAAUGUAAGA